AUGAGCCCGUCCUUCCUCCUCCUCCUCCUCCUCCUCGCCUUGCCCGCCCGCGCCCGGCGAGAGCAGGUGCCCGGCGGGGCGCAGCGGGGCCGCAACGCCCCCGCGUCUUCCUCCUCCUCCUCGUCUUCCUCCGCGGCGGUGGCGGGGCCGAGCCGCUUCCCGCGGAGCCGCCCGGAUCGGCGGCGGGGCCGGCUGUACUGCCGGGUGGGCAUCGGCUUCCACCUCCAGCUGCACCCCGACGGCCGCGUGGACGGCGCCCACGACGCGAGUCCGCUCAGUAUUUUGGAAAUAUUUGCUGUGUCUCAGGGGAUUGUAGGAAUACGAGGAGUUUUCAGCAACAAAUUUUUAGCGAUGUCAAAAAAAGGAAAACUCCAUGCAAGUGCUCGCUUCACGGUGGACUGCCAUUUCCGGGAGCGCUUCCAGGAGAACAGCUACAACACCUACGCCUCGGCCGUGCACCGCAGCCCCCGCUCGGGCCGCCCGUGGUACGUGGCGCUCAACAAGCGCGGCAAGGCCAAGCGCGGCUGCAGCCCCCGCGCCCGGCCCCAGCACGUCUCCACGCACUUCCUGCCCCGCUUCGGGCACCCGCAGCCCCCCGAGCUCGCCUUCACCGUGGCCCUGCCCGACAAGAAGCCGCCGCCGCCCAAGGCCCGGCCCGCCCCGCCGCGCAGGAGCCCCGGCCCCGCCCGCUACCGGCUCAAGUUCCGCUUCGGGUAGGGCCGCACCGGGCAGCUCGGGGGUGACCCCGCCGCGGGGACCCGUGUCUCCCUCCGCACAUGGACACCGGGAGCCUCCCGGGCCGGGAUUGCAUCGUCUCUUCACCGCACGGACCGGGUGCCAUCCCCGGAGGCGUGCCAAGGAGAAUUCCUGCCGUGAAUUCCAGCACUGGACGGGACCUCGGGUGAGCGUUCUGUUGUUGGGACCUUGAGUAGGAAGGUACCUCUACAGCGAACAUGUUUUCUUGUUUUCACUAGUGACUCCUUCGACAAUCAUUUUCACACGAGAGAGAUGUUCAGAGCCUAGGGGUUUUGUUUGUUUUUCUCGCAUCUCCUUCUUGCUGCACUUUUUCCUCUGACCAUACCUCAGGCACCGUGCAUCCAGGUCUGUCCCUCUCCUUCUCUCGGAAGCCAGCUCUUGCCUUCCGCAGGUUAAACCCAGAGACCAAGCCCUGCGAACUCUGCCGCCUUACCUGUGGUGCGGGGCGCUCUCCAGACCCUUUGUUGGCAAUAAUGGAUGUGUGGAUGUGUUUUGUGGGGGUCGCAGGCCGGGGGACGGUGGCUGCUUGCAGCCCGCCCCUGGCGGUCUCUCCCGUUCUUCCCUGGACAGCUGGAGGAGCGAGUCUCCUCCUGUCCUUCCGAGCACGGAUUGGAUGCCUGCUUUGAAAUACCUCUGCCCCAGUGCCGGGGCAUUCCCGCUCCCUGGAGGAGCCCCCCCGCAGGUAUCCCCACGGGAUAGGGAUGCCUGUGGCCCCCAGGUGCCCGCCGGUUUCGUCCAACCUUUUUUGCUGCUGAUUUAUUUUAUCACUCUCAAUACAUUUGCAGAGGCAGGGAGCAAGGUUUUUGUUUUUCAGCGAGCGUGGUGAUGUGGCAAUAAGUGCUGUUACAGCUGCUGGUCCCCUGGGGAGUGUUUCCCCCACCCUGGCGGCCCUGAUGUGGAAUUGUUUCUCCAUCGUGAUAGUAGCAGUGCACACGGAGUUUGCAGUGGGUGUUUAGCAGUGUUGCUGUUCGUGCAGGCACUGGUAGCAUCGAACCUCACCGGUGAAGCCUUAAUAGGAGCCCGGGUGGGCUCAGGUUGGCAGAGCCCCUCAGGACAUGAGCCCUGCCAGCGUCCGGCAGCAAUAAUCAGCCUCCCCUCCGCAUCUGAGUGUGGCUGUGUCCUUUGGGAUUGUGGUUCUUUGCCUUUUUCAUCCCUCUGGCAGCCCCUGGCCGGACAUGUGUGCUCCAUGGGACGGGGACGCUGGAAUAAAACUGUUGUGUUUCAUUUUAUAACCCGAUUGUGUGAUCUCUUGCCUUGUCUGUGCCUGAUUCCCUUCUCCUGAAGGGAAAAACAAGUGGUGGUGGGGUGAAGCAGAGCUGAAGGGAUGGGUGUGCUCCCUUUGCUGUGCCCUGGGCCAUCCCAACUCCGGGGCAGGUGUGUCCUGUGCUCCUCUCACUUCCAGCUGGGCUGUCUGGCUGUGCAGGGACAGAAUCCCAGUGAUUUGUGCUCAGCUCCUCUCCGUGAGCUGAUGGAAUCGGAGCCUUUGCAGAUGCUAGCCCAGGCAGAUAACGGAGGAGCAAAUGUGCUGGUCUUGGUGCCCCUGCAUGCCCUCAGAGGAAACAAGGUAUUGAUUUCAUCUUUUUUUUUCAUCUUUUUGGGGAAAAACCCUCAAAAGAUGGUGUUUUGCUGCUGUGGUAAUAAUUAAAACAUAGUUGUGCUUGUGUUUCAACUGAAACAGGGAGAGCAGGGUUGGGGAAUCCAGCAGGCACUGCCCAUUCCUCUCAGACACUCCUCUUUAAGGGAAUUCACGGGGCUUGCUCAGCAGCAGGGGACUAAAGGCCUGAGAAUGUGGCCAAUAUUUAUUUUAAAUUUAAAAUUUGAUUUUUUUUUUGGGGAGAGUUUUUCCUGUUUCUGUUUUCCUGUUCAGCCACCUCAGAGGUACUGCUGCAGUGCUGGAGAGAACAAACCAGAAACCUGAGAGGAUGAAGAGGAUUCCUAGGUUCCUUUCCAGGCAAUUUCCGCCUUCAGAGGAGGUGCAAAUCCACAUGGAGCUGGGAAGGGCGAUGUGAGGAGUGCAGUGAGCUGGCACUGCCCCCCAGCUCCCUGGUUUGGAGACAUCCAUCGACCUUGUGAGAGGAAAAAAGCCUUCCCAUCCAUUUUCACCCUGCAGUCACCCCUACCGCAGAUGUAUGCCUUGUUCCACAUCCCCCAGGAGGAUUUGUGUGUCUCCUGCACUCCCGAAUCCGUUGCUUGGAAGGAGCAGCCUUGAGCAUGAGUGAGAGGAAGAGGAUUUCCUAUGGAGCAGCUGUGCCUUCUCACACUUGUGGCAGGCAACAUGCGCUUGCUGUGAAAGCUGAGCCUGCCUCGGGAAUUCUGGGCUUUGCAGUCGUGCAUUGUCGUGUCCUGUGUCUGGUUCCCUCUGAUUUCUGUUCCUGCCCUUGCUUCUCUCUGAUUCCCUGUGGCUGCAGGCACUAGAAACACCAAAUCCCAAAGCAUUUCUACAUCUGUGACAUGAAGCGCAGCAUCUUUAAACCCAAGUGCUCAGUGUGGGCUUUCCAGGUGGGUGCAGAUGGUCCAUCCUGGCAGGGUGUGGGAGCCCCUGGCCCCUCAGGAGUCAGGCCAGGCUGAGGGAAGGAGGAGCCUCCCCACAGCUCCAGCUGGGGAUGAUAUUGGCUGCUUGAAACCCUUGGUCCAGAGCUGGGAGAACUGCAAGAACAGCUUUUCUUCUUCUUUCUGUCCAUCACUGGGCGGAAUAUUAAGGUGAAGCUGCACUAAUCCCUUUAUUUUGUUUUUCCCCUUGGCUUUUUACUGUGUAAUCCUGUGAGCAUUUCCAGCCUUGGCUAUGCAGGCUUCUGAAAAAGCCCAGCAGGUAGGCAGAUGUUUGGUGUUAGAUGUCAUUUGUAUCAUAGGUAUUUGCCCAUGAGGGUUUGUGUCAAAUUUGGAGGGGUGUGGGUUUUGUAUCUGGGGACCACUCAGGCCAUUGGGCCUGAAAGUCAUCCCUCAAGUACAGAAACCAAGCAAUUUUCUUAAUUCCAGGUGUUAUGUCCCUGAUGUUCCUAAUACAGUGUAAAGUAUCUUUUUAAGAGACUGAGGUGUUUGGUUAUCUUUGUGCUGUAGACAGGGGAUUUGUUGGGCUGGCAGCAAUGUUUUUCCACCUGGAGGUGUCUUACAAUAAUCAACACAAGAAGUAAUUGGUUUUCCUUUUUUUUACUGUUUUUUAUUGUAAUUUGGGGAAAAUGCUUGGCUUAAAUGAAUCAAAUGUGUUUAAGUGCUUCCUUCUAGAGGAUUACUCUGUUAUUUUCUUAUGAAUCCUCAAGGAAAUGGAGCUGGAAUCUGAGAAAUGGAUUUGCCUGUGGAUUCCUGCAGUUCGUGGUCUGCUGGGUGAGGGUUCUUUUGGCCAAGAUAGCUCUGAGUAAAGUGUGAACUCCAGCUAAGAUGAGCUAAAUAGUUACCAAAGAGAAACAGUUUCAAAAUAAUAAUUUUUUAAAAAUUUUUGGCAAAUUGUGCCUCAGGGAUGCUCCAAUGACUGUGCCUUGUUCCAGCUCCCCCCACCACAGAUGGGCCACAGGAGCACACACCCUGAGAGCCCUGGAUUUGGGGUGUUGUGUGUGCAGGGGAGGCUCAAGGGCUGCACUUUCUUUGACUUGACAGCUGGGUUGUGUUCUUUUCCUCUGCUCAUUUGUUCCUGUAGCCCUUUCCUCUUUCUCCUGCCAUUCCCUGCAGUUUUGCUCUUGUUGUCACCAAGAAACUCCGUGCCUAUUUUCACUGUGCUUUCCUAGCUGCUGUCUUGGGGCUUGCUCCUGUGCAGCACACUGGGUCCCACAGCCUGCUCCUUGCUCCUGUCUUGUCCCUGGCCUCUGUGCUUUGGCCCUGGUGUCAGGGAGGGGGGUGCCAGGCUGUUUGCUUCGUGCACAGGGAUGGAAGCGCUUGGAGCAUCUUUCAUUACUUGUCACACCUGGGUUAGGCUUUUGUGGGGCUUUUGUUUUGUUCUUCUAGAGAAAAUCAAAGCAGUAGGUUUAGCACACAAAAGAUUAAAGAGGUUUUACCUCUAGAAGCUGGGGACAGUGGUCUAAUCUUUCCUUCUCCAAGCUUGUAGAGUUUUUCCUUCCUUUUUCAAUGCCUGCUCUGUUGGGUGUCCCAGGGAGGGCUGGGUUCCUCACAAAGGAUUUCAGGAGUUGGUGUUGUUUGACACAACUGCUUUGGUGAUGGUCAGAGAGGGAGAGGAGAAUUCACUUUUUAUUAUCUUGAGUUUUUCCAUCC